CUAAUUAAGUAUAUUACUGCGGCAAUGAAAGCCGCAAGGUUAAGUUUGAUCAUCGCAUUUCUAGCUCUCGUCAGGCUGUUAUAUCUCAAUAAUGCCUCUGCAUUCAGCAGCAAGAGAUUAAUAAAUGGUGAACCUCAGCACGUGGAAGGUGUAGAUGAUCCAGAGGCAAUCGCAUUGAUGGUGUCCACGAGCAUUCACAACGCUACGGAGAGGAGAAAAUUGGGAUACUUUUCGUGUGCGACGGGGAACCCAAUAGACGACUGCUGGCGUUGCGACCCCAACUGGCAGAAGAACCGCAAGCGGUUAGCCGACUGCGCCAUCGGCUUCGGCCGGAACGCGAUCGGCGGCCGCGACGGGGCAAUGUACGUGGUCACGGACCCAACCGACGACGACCCGGUCAGCCCGAAGCCCGGGACGCUGCGGCACGCGGUCAUCCAGGUGGAGCCGCUGUGGAUCGUGUUCGAGAGGGACAUGGUGAUCACGUUGAAACAAGAGCUGAUCAUGAACAGCUUCAAGACGAUCGACGCCCGCGGGGCCCACGUGCACGUGGCGGGCGGGGCCUGCCUCACGCUCCAGUUCAUCACCAACGUCAUCAUCCACGGGCUCCACAUCCACGACUGCAAGCCCACGGGGAACGCCAUGGUCCGCAGCUCGCCGAGUCACUACGGUUGGAGGACGAUGGCCGACGGCGACGGCAUUUCUAUUUUUGAUUCCAGCCACAUAUGGAUUGACCAUAACUCACUGUCUAACUGUGCUGAUGGGCUCAUUGAUGCUAUUAUGGGAUCAACAGCCAUCACCAUCUCCAACAAUUACUUCACCCACCACAAUGAGGUCAUGUUGUUAGGGCACAGUGAUUCCUACUCUAAAGACAAGGAUAUGCAGGUCACAAUUGCUUACAACCAUUUUGGGGAGGGGCUUAUUCAAAGAAUGCCCAGGUGUAGGUUUGGAUACUUCCAUGUGGUGAACAAUGACUACACACAUUGGGAGAUGUAUGCCAUUGGUGGGAGUUCAAACCCCACAAUCAACAGCCAAGGCAACAGAUUCCUAGCCCCUACCAAUCCUUUUGCCAAAGAGGUGACUAAGAGGGUAAACACAUCUAACGGCGUUUGGGAGGGAUGGAAUUGGAAAUCAGAAGGGGACCUUAUGCUGAAUGGAGCUUACUUCACUCCGUCUGGAAGUGGGGCUUCGAGUACCUACGCCAAGGCCUCUAGCUUGGCGGCCAAGCCCUCUUCCUUAGUGGGCACUCUUACUUAUGAUGCCGGUGUCCUAUCUUGCCGUCCUGGCAACCAAUGUUGAUCUCAUUAAGAGCCCGUUUUGCAACUUUUGAAAAAAAACUAUCUAAUGGCAGCGCUUAGCUUUAACAUUUUCAAAGUUAAUCAGCACCAUUAAGAAGUUAGCAAAAGCGCUAAAUUGAAAGGGUCGUUCCCAAACAAGACCUAAAUACUGCAGGGAACAUCUUGUGAAAUUACACAUUUUUAGGCUUAUAAUAGAUUGAUUCAACACAACCAACCUCAGAUUCUUUUUGGUAAGUAAUCUAGGGGAAAUUUGUCCAAAACCUCUUCCACCCAUGAUUCCUAAACUUGGCCUGCACAUUGUUGUGUAUCAAAAGUCCAAUGGAUGGGUAGAAUCAAACACAGGCAGAGAGCGAGAAUGAUACAGAAGCUCAAUUUUCUUGUUUUUUUACAUGUUCAGCUUUCAUGAAAAUGAACUCCUGAAGAUAUAGUGUAAUGUUUCAUGGCUUUUGGAGCAAUUGGGAGUGGAGAAACAGAGAAAUUUGUCAUAGACGCCGAACCAGAACCUGAUGAAAGCGACUAAAAAUUUGUGUUUUGAUCACUACAGUGCACGAUCGGCGUGGUUCCGCACGUUUUCCUCUGGUUCAUUCAUCUGUUCUCUUCUCCGGCCUACACGAACUCAGCCUCCUUAGAUUCUUAAUCGU